AUGGCUAAUAGAAGCACCUGGAUAAGUCUUUACAAAGAAUUGCGAAGAACGGCAAAUCAAGUAAGUUAUGAGGACUUUAAUUUAGAUAUUUUUCAGUUCCCUCAAUACAAUUAUCGCGAGUUUGCUGGUCGUCGAAUUAGGGAUUAUUUUGAGGCAAACAAAAGUGUCACUAACCAGGAUCAACAAAAGGCUUUGUACAAGGUAAUAUUUUAUUUAUUUUGUUGAUUUUUAGGUAUUUUAAAAGGUGCUUUGGAUUGUUUAUGGUUUGCUCAAGUUAUUUUUGAAAAUUCUGUUUCAGGAAGCAGUUGAAAGUCUUGAGAAGCUGAAAAGACAAGUUGUGGUAUCUAAACAGUAUCCUUAUCGGCCUCUUGUUAUUGAACAGCCAAAACCAGCCUCUCUUUAG